AUGUCUCUCAACCGGCAACAAAGGGAGAAGUUUAUGGCUUCGCAUAUAUGCCACAAGUAUAACCUCUUACAUGUUCUUCCGGGCAUUGGGCAAUCCCAGCUUUCAGGGCUUUACCUCAAGAGCUUUUACAAUGGAGUUAAGAGAAAUCAGCUGCAGCUUCCGGAGCCCUUAGUCAAUGGGAGCAAGUUCUGUGACAGCUGUGGUGUUGUCUACAUAGCCGGUGUCAACCUUGAUAUGAAAGUUCAGGAAGCUGAGAAUGAUGGUGUUGGAGCCAAGUCGCUGGUAUAUACAUGCCGUAACUGCGGCAAGCACAAACAUUUCCAGAUUUCAGUAAAAAUUCGAGAACCAACGCCAAAGCCGGCUGAGGCAUUCGUGGCUAAAUGGCCAGCAAAAAAGGACGAGUCUAAAGUGAAAAAGCUUACGGGCAAAGAGAGAGCUAAGAAGCGUAAGCUAGACUCGCUGUCUAGCAUGCUCUCGAGAAAAAGAGAAGAAGAGGAGAGUAAGAAAAAACUAUCGCUUAGCCUUGACGACUUUCUACAGAAAUGA